AUGAGCUGCCUGGAAAACCAACUCCAACCCCAGUGCAUAGUGUCAGCUUACAUAGAGGCUGACCUUACAGUGAAACACACAGACAAGCAGGAAGGGCAGUGCGUGGAGCUGAAGGAGCCAAUGAAGGACCAGAAGCAGCAGACCUACUGGCAGGAGACGGGCCGAUGGGUGGGGUGCGAGGAGAGCUUCGACCCUCAGGCCGGGGUGUGGGCGACCUCCAGCAUCUCCUACCUCACCUUCAAGAGCCUCAUCCAGCUCAGACGCACCAUGAACACAGGUGUGACCAUUUUCGACUGUGAAGAGCAGACAUUUGCCAGCAUCGCGGAGAAGAUGGUCAACGAGAUGGUUAACAAGAAGGAGAUCAAACCUGAAUCCAAGGAGGGAGUGCUGAAGUCUCUGCUUCAAAACCACAGGUAUUCUUUCAAUUACCUAACUGUGACUCAAACACAGAUGACCCACAUGUAUGAUGCUGUUCUCAAAGCUGCAUAUGAGGUCCAGCAUCUUGCUCAGGGAAAGUUAACACAACACGGAGCUCCUGUGGAGAUCAAACCUGUAAUUAUGUCUCUGACCACCAAACCACAGUGCCUGUCUGCUUAA